AUGUCAACGUCUGCGAAUGCUUUGUUCAAAAGUCAGUUAGAGAAAGCAGAACUUCAUUCAGUAACAAGCUGGCAUCGUGAGCUGGAAAUCGCGAAAGCAUUGAAGAUGGCUCAUGAUGAUGAGAAUAAACACGACGAGGCAAUCGCGUUGGAAAAGCUUGGCGAUGUUUACAACGCUCGUGCAUUACUCGAAGACAACUCAGACACACCGUUUGUUCGCUUGGACCAGUUCGUUCUUGCCACUGCGCUUUACAAUUCCAGCUUGAUUCGCAGCAACGAUUCCACGAAGAAAAACGAGUUAGAAGCAAAGUUACGUCGAAUUGAAGAAAACAUACUUUCUCACUGUGGUCAGGCCAUAAACGCGAGCGAAUUUCGACACGAUAUCGAUAGAAACCGCAAGAGCAAACUGGAGGAAUUCCGAGAGCAAUGCAGCGAGAAACUGAAGUCUGUUCAGAGUAAGUAUAGCGUGUUCACUUCUCCACUACACGACAGAGAUGCCGAGAGCGAAGCCAGACGAGCAAAAGCAAUACGAGAGAUUUUCACUGAAAUCCGAGAGUUUAUGAAAGACGCCGUGGCCCUACUGUUGGACGAAUGUAUACAAGUACUCGGACAGCCUCCUCAGGACGUCAACUAUGCUUUUAUCGGUUUUGGAUCGUUUGCGAGAAGAGAAGCAACACCGUUCAGUGAUUUGGAAUCAGCUUUAUUGAUCGAAGACGGCAAAAAUGACGCGUCUGUCAAAGAGUACUUUAUGAAAUUAAUGGAAUACUUCAAUUACAAGGUAUUGAAUUUACAGGAAACAAUUUUGCCUUCGAUGUGUAUUCCUUCCUUGAACGAUGCAAAUAAUUUAACAAAUUCUCUGCAAAGAUACGCGUGUUCAAGUCAGGAAUGUGGAGGUGACGCAACAGAAUGGCCAUUUCUUGGAAAAGGAUUUUACGAUGACGAAAUGUGUGGUUUUUCUGUGGACGGUCGAAUGAGCAAGGCUUGCAAAACCCCUCUGGGUCGUCUGGUACUAGGAAGAGGAGAAAAUAAAGAUCUUAUAAAAACACCAACAGAACUGGCCGAACUUUAUGUUUCUGCGUUGAAAUUUGAUGGUUCUCGAGUAGAGAAUAAUUGUGAUUUAUCAACUGUUCUGAGUAAUGUUUCCUUUCUUUAUGGCAACGAUCCAGAACUAGUCGACACCUACGAUGCCCUUGUUCUUUCUAUGACAGGGAUCUCCCAAGAUGCUUCGAAUUUUAACCUUCGUCAGUCAUCUGCCAUCGUCUGUCUUCAAAAUGCUCUCGACCAAUUCCAGUUCUCGUUUACGUCGCGAGAUAUCGGGCUGAUUUCGUCAAUCAAGAAGAAACUAUACCGUGCUGUUGGGAUGCUGAUAACUAACAUUGGUAAAUUUCAAUAUUCUAGUGUGAUUGACAACUCUCCGUGGAGCAUCUUAGAUCGCCUGCUUGAAGAUGGUAUCAUUUCCGCCGACACUCACCGCAAUUUGUUUGUCGUUGUUAGUAUUGUCAACGAAGUUCGGUUAAUGGCUUACUUACGAUGUGGUCGACAAGACGAGAUCUUUUCCUUCUUCGAUCAAUCUACUGACAUUGAUUUCGAACUGGUUAGAGACUUGUGUGUUCGAUUCUUCUAUACAGUAUUUCCAUUCCAGAAAAGUGUGAAGAAAAUUCUGCUCAAGCUUCAAGCACACGAGAGCGCUACCAUUCAGUUCGUGUCAAGUGAAACGUUUUACGAGUAUUCCCACUUCAAUUCCGCUGUCGCUCUUUCCUUCACGUCGUACCGAAACGUCGAAGUUAUGAUCGACAAAUUUAAGCAAACUUAUGAAAGUGCUAAAGAUGAAGAUUUAAAGCGACUAUGCCUGGCAUAUUUGUCCUGCAUCCAACCUGAUUACACUGCACAAUAUUGCGAGAAAAUUUUGACCUCCAUGGGAGAUGGUAACAACAGCGAGUGGAAAAUCUUAACAUAUUUGAUCGCUGCCAUGGCGUCUUUAAAUCAAGAUAAUGUCACAAACAUUGAAACAUUCUUGAAUGCCGCCCGCGAAGCUAGCGAAUCGGACACUGUCACUCCCAAUUCUACAAUGGAAUUAACUGUGCGUGCGUACAAUAUGCUAAUUUCAGGAUUUCUGAAAUUUCGUCAGGAAAGCUACAAUGAAGCUUUGCAUGAAUUUAAUUAUGCCCGAAUGUUGUACGAGAGAGUCAUGAAGUCGAAGGAAAGUGUAGUCAGUCUCUUUGAAUGCGGAGCUUUGUUUAUGUCAGGAAGCUGUCACAUGAUGCAGGGGGAAUACAAAGACCCCAAUGUCGAACUUGCCAUGCGCAACAUGAGGCACUACACAGGAAAUGGUGAUUACAUGCGCAUACUCUACCAUGCAUACAUGUUAUGCCAGGAAGGUGCUGAGAACCAGGAAGGAUUGAUCAAACAUAUGGAGAAACUUUUGGAACUGUUUCUACGCUUCCGAUGCCCCACAGGACAAGAACUUUGGGCUUCUAUUAUGGCUCAAGGUAUUAUCUUAGCUGCUUUGUUUCUUGGUCUUCUCUACCGCAAUACGGAACGCGUCGAUGAUGCCCUUCGUAUAUUCCGCCUGGCUUCUUCUCAUUUGAUCACGAAAGCGUUGGAACUAUGCGGGGACAAGUGUCACGUAGGAAAGAUUAAAGCAGAGAAAGCUCGAAUGUUUAUCGACGCUUUUCGAGCGAUCUUCAAGUUCUCUGAAGCGGAGUGUUUACACUUGAAAGAUUGCAAAGAUGAAAUGUGGGUUUGUAUAGAUGAUGCUCUUGGUAAAUUGGCUAACUAUCGUGGAAAAUUUGAGCGAAUAGAGGAACGAGAUGUAUUUACUGAUGUUGUUUCUCGUGGAGGAUUUCAACUUCGCGCGAGUGGCUUUUUUUCGGUGUAUAGUUCCAAUGAAAAUCGUCAGUAUGCAGCCCCACAUUUUGCCGACGCUGUGACGAUGCCGCUUCUUCUUGAAGGCUGGUGUGAUACGCUCACUCGAGGAAUGCAGUUCAUUUUAUACACGACAGAACGAGAUGUCGCCGAGCAAAUACUUCACCAUGGAACCCCAAUUAUAUCUAUGAUGUUCCCGAAUCUUCUCCCGCUGUUUCAAGCGAAUCCAUGUAACGUGUUACGACCUUGGGUUCCAAUCAUUCGCCCUGUUGUCGAAGAAAUGAUCAGCGAGAUUUUUUCCAGCGUUAAUUCGCAAAGAACGGCUGUGUUGGAACAGGUCGAGACCAAUGUUGCUACGUGUCAGCAGUAUGCUGUAGAAUUCCUUAGCUUAUGGAAAAAUCUAUUUUUCUUCGCUCUUCGAUUUUCAUUGUGCAACGACUUGCUCGAUUCUUUUGGAUUUUUGAAAGAAUAA